GCAACGGGGAAGGGGCGGCUCCUGAGAGAAACGCGGGUUGCUGCACGGGAGCGGACCGAACCGAACCGCGCCGGGAAACCCUGCCAGAGAAUUCUGCCAGAUACCUGGAGAGAUGGGUAACAGCAGGAGCCGUGCGGGGCAGAGCUUUCGUUCACAGUUUCUUCCUGAGGAACAGGCCGAGAUCGAUCAGUUGUUCGAUGCUCUGUCAUCAGAUACAGACAGCCCGAAUACCUCGUCCAGAUCCUUCUCUUUGAAGGCACUGCAGAACCACGUCGGGGAAGCUCUUCCCUCGGAGAUGGUCACCAGGUUGUAUGAUGGCAUGCGGAGGGUUGACCUGACGGGGAAGACGAAGGGACCCAGUGAGAACGUGUCCCAGGAGCAGUUCACAGCAUCCAUGUCCCACCUGUUGAAAGGAAGCUCCGACGAGAAGAGUCUCAUGAUUGUGAAAAUGAUUUCUGCCGCAGAAGGUCCCGUGAAGGCUAGAGAAGUCCAAAAGUUCACAGAGGAUCUGCUUGGCUCUGUGGUGCACGUGCUAAGCCACAGACAGGAGCUGAGAGGCUGGACUGGGAAGGAAGCCCCAGGGCCCUCCCCACGGGUGCAGGUGCUGGCUGCUCAGCUGCUCUCUGAGAUGAAGCUGCAAGAUGGCGAGAGGCUUCUGGGGCCCCAGUGGCUGGACUGUGACUGUGACCGAGCUGUGAUCGAGGACUGGGUGUUCAGGGUCCCCCACGUGGCCACAUUUCUGAGUGUGGUCAUUCGCAAGGGUCUUCUCAUCCUGAGCUCAUCCCUUGAUCUGACUACCCUGAUUCCUGAGCGUCAAGUGGACCAGGGCAGGCAUUUUGAGAGCAUCCUGGACGUCCUCUCUGUCGUAUACAUCAAUGCCCACCUGCCUCGGGAGCAGCAGCACCGCUGGCGCCUGCUUUUUUCAUCCGAGCUCCACGGACACAGCUUUUCCCAGCUCUGUGGCCACAUCGCUCACCGGGGGCCCUGUGUGGCCGUCCUCGAGGACCAUGACAAGCACGUGUUCGGUGGAUUUGCCUCCUGCUCCUGGGAGGUUAAGCCUCAGUUUCAAGGGGACAACAGAUGCUUCCUGUUCUCCAUCUGCCCCAGCAUGGCCGUGUACACACACACGGGCUACAACGACCACUACAUGUACUUGAACCAUGGACAGCAGACGAUCCCAAACGGACUGGGCAUGGGGGGGCAGCACAAUUACUUUGGGCUUUGGGUGGAUGUUGAUUUCGGGAAAGGACACAGCAGAGCCAAGCCCACGUGUACCACGUACAACAGCCCGCAGCUGUCGGCCCAGGAGAACUUCCAGUUUGAUAAGAUGGAGGUGUGGGCGGUGGGAGACCCCUCGGAGGCGCAGAUGGCCAAGGGCAACAAGAGCAUCCUGGACGCGGACCCCGAGGCCCAGGCCCUGCUGGAGAUCAGUGGGCGGCCACGCCACAGUGAAGGGCUCCGGGAAGUCCCAGAUGAUGAGUGAGGAGCCGCCUGAGCCUUCUUGGAGCCAGAACCUGGAUUUCUCUGGGUGGAGGGCACUGCCUGUGGUCCCUCUUCCCUCCCCCACGGUUUAACUGCAAUAGAGUACCACACAAGUCAUGACCAGGUAGUCCCAGAUGUGCCAAGAAAAUGCCCUCUGAAGCCAUGUCCUGACUGAUGGGUAUAUCUCCCAGAAAUAGAUGUUUAUGUCCUUUUUUGCCGUACAGGGUCACUCUCAGGAUCUCUCCCAGUAAUCUUACGUGUCAAAUUAGUAAAUGAAUCUU